UAAAAGCUGCCACAUAGAGCUUGUUCGGAAACAUUCAGUCAUUCUGUCCUCAUUCGGAUAAGUUAUGGCGUCUGUCACUCUUACCGGCAGCAGCUCCUCCUCCCACACAACACCAUCUCUCCUCAGAAACAAUGCCUGUUUCACCCGCUUCAACUUCACGCGCCGCUCCUUUCAGCCGCGGAGAAACACCGCUGCGAAUUACGCCGUUCAAGCUAGUCUUGGACAAAACCAGAAAACUCCAUUGCAGUACAGAAAGCUCGGCGACUCGGAUCUUCUUAUCAGCGAAAUCACCCUCGGCACUAUGACAUUUGGAGAACAAAAUACGGAGAAAGAAGCUCACGAUAUUCUGAGUUAUGCAUUUGAUCAGGGCAUCAACAUCUUUGACACUGCAGAAGCUUAUCCGAUCCCAAUGAAGAAGGAAACACAAGGAAAAACAGAUCUUUAUAUAGGUAGCUGGUUGAAGUCUCAGCCCCGUGAUAAGGUUAUUAUAGCAACAAAAGUAUGUGGUUAUUCGGAGCGUUCCGGUUAUAUCCGUGACAACGCAGAGGUAUUGCGUGUUGAUGCUUCUAAUAUAAAGGAAAGCGUGGAGAAAAGCCUUAAGCGGCUCAACACUGACUAUAUUGAUUUACUACAAAUUCAUUGGCCAGAUCGCUAUGUUGCGUUAUUUGGAGAAUUUACUUACGAUUACAACAAAUGGAGGGAAGGUGUGCCAUUUGAGGAACAACUUAAGGCCUUGCAAGAAGUUGUUGAUGAAGGAAAGGUAAGAUACAUUGGUGUCUCAAAUGAAAGUUCUUAUGGGGUUAUGGAGUUUGUCCAUGCAGCAAAACUCGGAGGCCUUCCGAAGAUUGUUAGCAUUCAGAACUGCUACAAUCUACUCACUCGUUGUCGGUUUGAAGUUGACCUGGUUGAAGUUUGUCAUCCAAACAAUUACAAUAUUGGUCUGCUUGCCUAUUCUCCUCUGGGUGGUGGAAAUCUCACUGGAAAAUAUUUGGAUCCCAGUUCUGAAGCUGCUAAGAAAGGAAGGCUGAAUCUUUUCCCUGGUUAUAUGGAAAGAUAUAUUAGCUCCUAUGCAAAGAUAGUAACUGCCAAGUAUGUUGAGCUGGCCGACAAAUAUGGUCUGUCUCCAGUGCAGCUAGCACUUGCCUUUGUCAGAGAUCGUCCUUUCGUGACUAGUUCAAUCAUCGGUGCAACUUCAGUUGAUCAACUUAGAGAAGACAUUGAUGCAUUUUUGACAGCCGAGCGGCCAUUGACUCAAGAAAUAAUGCAAGAUAUUGAAUACAUUUUCAAGAGGAACAAGGACCCAGCUAUUGAUUAAGUAUUUUCAUCCGAGGUAUGGUGCUGUGUUAUUAUAGACGUUAAGAGAGCGGGGGAACCUCAUGAGCCUGGUCAAUAUCGAAGUAAUCGAACCCAUGACACGGGUGUAGCAAUACUUUCCCCCUCCCCCGAGUCACCGAGUCUCAUUUUGAUUGAACAUCCUUAUAUUCAUUUGUAACAUGCUUAGGUUAACUAUCUCUCAAAAGUUACCUUUGUGGAUACAAAAUUUGUUGUACCAAGUAGGUAAGAACAGGGAGAAAAAUGUAAGCAUGUGAUUUUGGAUUGUGAUGAAAAUAAAAUAAAGCUGUUGUGCA